CCCAUUUUCCAGCUGUCCCUCAGUCGGUCGGGAUUUCGGAACCACAGGAGAAUCACCGGAAAGGGUUUAGUGGUAAAACAGCACAUUCGAGAGGGAAUACAACAUUAUAUGGUAACAUAAACACGCAACGAGCUACGUUAUCCUGAAUUACACGAUGGAAACUGAACUAUGAGGUGUUGUGUAGUGCAGACGACUGAGUGAACCAUGGCACAGUUCCCCACCACAUUCCCAGGUCCAGAUGUGUUUCUAAUCUCAGUGGAUGAGAGAGCCAAACAUGAUCAGCAGUUUCUCAGCCUCUCUCCGACUGCCGGGGGUUACAUUACAGGCGACCAAGCCAGGAACUUCUUCCUUCAAUCAGGUCUGCCCCCUCCCAUCCUGGCUCAAAUCUGGGCUCUGGCUGAUAUGAACAGUGACGGUCGCAUGGACAUCCACGAGUUCUCCAUCGCCAUGAAACUCAUCAAGCUGAAACUCCAGGGUCACCCUCUGCCCCCCGCUCUUCCUCCCAGUAUGAAACAACCCGCACUGACUUUACCCCCACAGAGUGGCUUUGGCAUGCCGCCCAUGCCUCCCAUCUCGGCUCCUCUGUCAGGCGUGCCUCCACUCCCCCUGCCACCUCUCCCUGUCGGAGUGUCUCCCCCACUCGUCUCGUCUGCCGCGCCUCCCCUCCCCCCGCCCCUCGCCAACGGAGCUCCUCCCACAGGCAUAAUGCAGCCAAUCUCAGGCUUCUCCCACCCAGCUCCCUCUGUCAACAAGUCUUCUUCGUUUAAUCGUUCCAGUACCAAGUUGCAGAAGGGGCCGUCCGUGGAUAUUGCUAGUGUUCAGCCCCCGCCUGAUUGGGCUGUUCCUCAGUCCUCCAGGCUGAAGUACAGACAGCUUUUUAACUCCCAUGACAAGAUGAUGAGUGGACACCUCACAGGUCCCCAGGCUCGCACUAUCCUGAUGCAGUCCAGUCUUCCUCAGGGACAGCUGGCCACGAUAUGGAGUCUAUCAGAUAUCGACCAGGAUGGAAAGCUAACAGCUGAGGAAUUUAUCUUAGCCAUGCACCUCAUAGAUAUGGCUAUGUCAGGGCUACCGCUCCCCCCGGUGUUACCGCCAGAUUACCUCCCACCCACAUUCAGGCGUGUGCGAAGUGACAGUGUUCAGUCGGACCAGAAGAGCGUCCAGGAGGAGUUAGAGGAGGAGGCGGAGAGCAGCCAGGACAAGAAAUUACCAGUGACGUUUGAGGAUAAGAAGAGGGAGAACUUUGAGCGAGGAAACCUGGAGUUGGAGAAGAGACGUCAGGCUCUGCAGGAGCAGCAGAGGAAAGAGCAGGAGAGGCUGGCAGCGCUGGAGAGAGAGGAGCAGGAGAGAAAGGAGCGUGAGCGUCUGGAGAAUGAGAGGAGACGACAACACGAACUCGAAAGACAACUGGAGAGACAGAGAGAGCUGGAGAGGCAGAGAGAAGAGGAGAGACGCAAAGAGAUAGAGAGGAGAGAGGCUGCUAAGCGUGAAUUAGAGCGCCAGCGUCAGUUGGAGUGGGAGCGUCAGCGUCGCCAGGAGCUUCUGACUCAAAGAAACCGAGAGCAGGAGAGUAUCGUGCUGCUCAAAGCCAGGAAGAAGACCCUGGAGUUUGAACUGGAGGCUCUGAAUGAUAAGAAGUCCCAAUUGGAGGGCAAGCUGAAGGAUGUUCGGUUUCGUCUGUCAGCUCAGCGGAGAGAGGUGGAGCAGACCAAUCAGACCAGAGAAACGCGCAUUGCUGAAAUCACCCUGCUACAACAGCAGCUGCAGGACUCCCAGCAGUGGUUGGGGAGGCUAAUUCCUGAUAAACAGAGUCUCAAUGACCAGCUGAAACAGGUUCAACAGAACAGUCUGCAUCGUGACAGUCUAUCGUCCCUGCAAAAGGCUGUGGAGCAGAAGGAGACCAGCAGACAGCAGCUCAGAGAACAGCUGGAUGCUGUGGAGAGAGAGACAAGGGCCAAACUGCUGGAAAUAGACGCUUUCAACACCCAGCUGAAGUCUCUGUGUGAGUUCUAUGCCAACCACUGUGCCAGGAUAGAAGCCCUGCGACGCCAGCUUCACGAGGAACAGAGAGGGAGACAGGAGCUGAGGGAAAUCCACAGCCGGCAGCAGAGGCAGAGACAGAGGGAGCUGGAAGGAGACACACCCACACUGACACACACACACCCUCACUUACACACCCCGAUCGAGAGGAAGUCUGCUGAACUACAGGACAGCAGGUUGUCAUCGGAGGAAGCCGUGGCCUGGAGGGAUGAAGCAGCCAGCUCCGCCCCCAGCGCUCCUAGCCCUCCCUCCAUCUCUGUACCACAUGCCUGGCUAAACAGAGUGACUCAGGAAGAGGAGGAGAGGAAGAGGAGAGGGGUGGAGGAGGAAGAGGAGGAGGAGGAGGGCCAGAAAGGGGCAGGAUCAGCAGAAGAGAAGGAGGAUGAGGGGAGAGGCAAGAAGGACAUGCAGGAGAAACUGAGCAAGCUGUUCAGCCAGCCGGCCGACCCCUGGGCCUCAACAGUAGAGAAGGCUCCGGUACCCAGUCUGUUUGACCAGAAGGCACCAGUCACUAGCUUUGACCAGCAUCAGCAGCCAGUGAAGGUGGUCUACUACAGGGCUCUAUAUCCAUUUGAUGCUCGCAGCCAUGAUGAGAUUAGUAUCGCUCCCGGAGAUGUAAUCAUGGUGAAGGGGGAAUGGGUGGAUGAAUCCCAAACAGGUGAACCCGGUUGGCUGGGAGGAGAGCUGAGGGGCCGUACCGGCUGGUUCCCAGCUAAUUACGCUGAACGGAUACCCGACAGUGAAGCACCAAUCAGCCUGCGUGCUACAGCCUCAGCCACACCCCCGUCAGCCAAGCAGCCGUUAUCCACGCCUCCCCCCGCACCUGGACAGACCUCCUCCUCCACGUCCUCCGCCAACAGUAACUGGGCUGACUUCAGCACCACGUGGCCCACCAACACAGCCAGUCAGUCAGACAGCGAGGGAUGGGACGCGUGGCCGACCUCUUCAACCAGUCAGAAUCCUUCGCUCAGUGUUCCCUCAGCGCAGCUACGGCAACGCUCUGCCUUCACACCUGCUACCCUCAGGACGGGCUCCUCUCCUUCUCCUGUGCUGGGACAGGGGGAGAAGGUCGAGGGUCUCCAGGCUCAGGCCUUGUAUCCCUGGAGAGCGAAGAAGGACAACCACCUCAACUUCAACAAAAAUGAGAUAAUAACCGUGUUGGAGCAGCAGGACAUGUGGUGGCUAGGUGAACUGCAGACCGGACAGAGAGGCUGGUUCCCCAAAAGUUACGUCAAGCUAAUCUCCGCCACCAUGACGCCUCCCCCUGGUCCCACAGCACGCAGCAAAAACACUAGUGAGUCUGGAGUAUCAGAAAGCCCACCCAAUGGAAAACGCCCCUCCCCUUCCCCAACAAAACCUUCCGAGUCUGGAGAAGAGUACGUGGCCAUGUACACCUACGAGAGCAGUGAACAGGGGGACCUGAGUUUCCAGCAAGGAGACGUCGUCAUGGUGACCAGGAAAGAAGGGGACUGGUGGACGGGCAUGGUCGGGGGCAAGACUGGAGUCUUCCCUUCCAAUUAUGUCAAGCCACGAGACUCGGCCUCAGAGUCUUUCGGACCAGCAGGGAAGACGGGCAGCCUGGGAAAGAAACCAGAGAUCGCUCAGGUGAUCGCCCCCUACAGUGCUACCGGCGCAGAGCAGCUGACCUUAGCUCCAGGACAGCUCAUCCUCAUCAGAAAAAAGAACCCGGGGGGCUGGUGGGAGGGUGAGCUCCAGGCCCGGGGGAAGAAGCGCCAGAUAGGUUGGUUUCCGGCCAACUAUGUGAAGCUGCUCAGUCCCAGCACCAGCAAGACGACGCCCACAGAGCCCACCCCUCCAAAACUGGCUCCUGCCAGCACAGGUACUCAUACAGCUGUGUGUCAGGUGAUCGGCAUGUACGACUACGUGGCCCAGAACGACGACGAGCUGGCCUUCCUGAAGGGUCAGGUGAUCACGGUGCUCAACAAAGACGACUGUGAUUGGUGGAAAGGAGAGCUCAACGGGCGGGAGGGUCUGUUUCCCAGCAACUACGUCAAACUCACCACGGAUACCGACCCAAGCACGCAGUGAUCAUAUCAUUACCCAGAACCCCCCUCUCCUCAAAGCCCUCAAAGAGACCCACUAGGCCACGCCCACUAGGCCACUCAACCAAUGGGACAGCAGCAAGAGGUCAUGGCGACUCUUCACCAAUAGAAGCCAGAGAGAGAGAGAGAGAGAGAGACAGACAGACAGACAGACAGACAGACAGACAGACUGUAACGUUAAAACGCCCAGUGGUGGCGAGAACUCUGUCUAUGCAUGGCUCUGACUGGACUUGGCCAAACUCUGUUUAUCUAAGGCUCUGGCUCCAAACAGCACUGUUCAACAGGAGGGAGCUCAAUAGUCAGAACUCCUCUCCUCUCCAGCUUUGUUCUUCUCUUCUCCUCCUCCAUCUUUUUUUUGUUGUUCUUCUUUUUUUUU